AUGAUGACGGGUCCCGCGCGUCGCUUAGUGCGGCCGACUCUUUUCGUCUGUGAUCUCCAGGAGAAGUUCCGAGGAGCGAUCUACGAGUUCGCGAAGGUCGUUGCAACCACCCAGAAAUUGCUCAAAGCCAGCCAAGCUCUGGACAUUCCCGUCUUCGCGACUACACAGCUACGCGCCAAGCUAGGUGAAACAUGCCCGGAGCUGGGGCUAGACGGUCCCGAUGGUGUCCAGACCAAGGUCCAUGCAGACAAGAGCGCUUUCUCCAUGUGGACGCCGGAGGUCCAGAAGGCGUUCAAAGAGCUUGGUAGUGAGAAGCGAGAGUGUGUGAUUGUGGGUAUCGAAUCGCAUAUCUGUGUGACACAGACCACGUUGGACCUGCUGAGGGAGGGACACAAGGUGUAUGUCAUCGCGGAUGGCGUGUCCAGCUGUAAUCCUCAGGAGAUUCCCAUUGCUUUGGACAGGCUGAGAGCUGAGGGUGCUGUCGUUACCAGCUCGGAGAGCUUCCUGUACGAGUGCAUGGGCGACGCCGGCAUUGCCCAGUUCAAGGACAUGUCGAAGCUCGUCAAAGAGUACAGCGGGAAGACGAAGGAAGGCUUGCAGGCGUUAAGCAAGUUCUAA